CCUAAUGAGAAAUUUUUUUUAAAGUCUUAAUAGAACAGUGACGACCACUCUAUUUACUUUUCUCUAUGUACUAUAGCUUUGCAUACAUGGACAACAAGAACGGAAUAGUGGAUGUUACUUGCUUCCUCCUUGUCGAAGACAGCGGGGACUCUGAGCUGGACUGUGAACCCAUCAUCCAGCAGUGCCACAACAUGGAUGUAGGCAUAGCUGCUGAUGAAGAUGAUGCAGAGUCAUGCAGCUGUGACACAAGUGAGAGACUCGACGAUUGUUAUGAAGUUCUUCAACUUGAUGGCGACCAAGAUUUCAGUGAUUGGGAUGAGCCUGCGGAUGGUUGGAGCAGUUGCGAGAUGUGGUCUAUAGAUGAAGCCUUGGGAUAUGCAUCAGCCGAGGAGGGAGAAGAGGAACCGAGGUUUGAUAUCAAUUUGUGCGGAGAGGUAAUGGAUGGUAUGGAAGACAGGCUCUUCUGGGAGACUUGCAUGGCAGUUGGAUACCCUUGAAUGUUGCUUCUUUUUUCUUCUUCUUCGUGUUCUUCUUUUUAAUUAUUUUGAGACUGAUAAGACAAGAAUAUAUCUGCUGCACUUUUCUUUCUUGAAGAAAAGAGAGAUUGCUUCCAACAGAUUGCCUAUAGAAUCGAAAAAAUGCAUACAAUUAUCAUUGAGUUAAAUAUUUGUAAAUAUUAUUUUAUGUUCGAGUGCAAAAACAACUUUGUAAAUUAUAUUUGUCUAAACUUUAGAUUAGUGGGUUGGUUA